GCUGCGAAUUUAAACCUCCACAGCUCUAAGCCUCACCUUCAACUCCUACAAUCAUUGAAAAUUAUUUGGGUCUGUCUUUGUGUUGACUAAUAACAAAUGGGCACUGAGUUCCCACACGUUUCCACCGCCACUAAAUGGCUGGGCUUCGUGACGGCGGUGUGGAUUCAAGCAAUCUCCGGCAACAACUAUACUUUCCCCAAUUAUUCCGAUGCUCUGAAAUCCCUCAUGCAUCUCACCCAGAUACAGCUCAACAGUCUCUCUGUGGCUAAAGAUAUUGGCAAGGCUUUUGGCAUACUUGCUGGCCUUGCCUCCGAUCGAUUCCCAACCUGGGCUAUUCUGCUCAUAGGCUCCGUCGAAGGCAUCAUCGGCUAUGGAUUUCAGUGGCUAGUUGUCAGUCAAAGAAUUCAACCCCUUCCCUAUUGGCAGAUGUGCAUAUUUCUGUGCAUGGGGGGAAACAGCUCAUCCUGGAUGAACACGGCGGUUAUAGUCACUUGCAUACGAAACUUCCGCCGUAACAGAGGCCCCGUUUCCGGCAUUCUCAAAGGGUAUGUGGGGUUGAGCACCGCCAUAUUCACUGACCUAUGCUCUGCUCUCUUCGCCAACGACCCUGCUUCCUUCCUCCUCAUGCUGUCUCUAGUCCCCUUCGUCGUUUGCCUCGCCGGCAUCUUUUUACUCCGUGAGGUCCCUCCUGCGAAUUCCACCGAAAUCCAAGACAAGGAAGAGUCAAGGUAUUUCGGCCUUUUCAACGCCGCCGCCGCCGCCGUUGCCGUUUACCUCUUGGCUUUUGGCUUCGUGCCCAAUCCUAGCACUUUGUUAUCUCGGGUAUUCGCCGUCGUUUUGCUCCUCCUGUUAGUGGCGCCGUUAGGGAUUCCGGUCUACUCUUACUUCAAAGCCCGCGGAUCGGACCGGUUCAAACCGGCCCUGGAUAUGGAGGGACGGGUGAAUGAAGCGUUGCUUCCCAGUCACGACAGGGGAAAAGAAACCGAGGCGGAAAGAGUGAAGGAAUCAGCACAGGACACGGAGGCGGCGGUGAUGAUUGGAGAAGAACACACCAUAGUGGAGGCGCUUAAAACCGUGGACUUUUGGAUCUUGUCUGUUUCUAUGCUGUGUGGGGUUGGAACGGGUUUGUCCGUUAUUAACAAUAUGGGCCAAAUGGGGUUGGCGCUUGGUUACUCGGACGUUUCCAUCUUUGUAUCCUUGAUCAGUAUUUGGGGCUUUUUCGGUCGGAUCAUUUCGGGUUCCGUUUCUGAGUACUUCAUCAAGAAAGGUGCAACUCCUAGACCUCUUUGGAAUGCAGCGUCUCAAAUUCUGAUGGCCGUGGGAUACAUAUUACUCGCAAUGGCUGUGCCCGGUUCACUUUACAUAGGGUCUGUUGUAGUUGGCUUAUGCUACGGAGUCCGAGUCGCCAUUACUGUCCCGACAGCCUCUGAGUUAUUUGGCCUCAAAUAUUAUGGUCUCAUGUACAACAUUCUAAUCCUUAACCUUCCCCUUGGCUCUUUCCUCUUUUCUGGUCUGCUUGCUGGCAUACUAUAUGAUAUGGAGGCAACUCCCACCGCAGGAGGAGGCAACACUUGUGUUGGAGCUCAUUGUUACAGACUAGUAUUCAUAAUCAUGGCUGCAUCUUGUAUUGUUGGGUUCUUCUUAGACAUUCUAUUGUCAAUCAGAACCACGAAGGUUUACGACAAGAUUUCAUUGAGCAAAAAAAACCAAUACAUCCUCGAUGACAUCAAGUAGUCGAUGACCGGGAAUGCCACGUAUAUAAGAUGGUAUCAUAGUCCUUUGAUUGACAGGCUUUUUGCUCAGUAAUAUCCUAAUUUCCGCCAAUAUGCCUAACACUCAAUGACAUGGUUAAUUUUUUUGGUAUUAAAGGUGGGCUAUUUCUUUGUGCUUCCUUUUUCAGUGCUCUGAAGCAUAACCUGCCUUCCGCCUCUG